AUGGUCGGUAGGCCGAUGCUGCUGUGGAUCAUCGAUCAUCUGAGCCUGCGGCCCUGCGAUACAUUGUGGGUGACCAUCAAUAAAGAAAUUAACGACAACUUCCAAGUUGGACAGCUGUUGGCCAAGUCGUAUACCAAGAUCGACAUUCGAGUUGUUAGAUUGCUGCAUCAGACCAAAGGUGCGGCCGAGACUCUUUACGUUACGACGCAGGGCAUGCAAGCCGAGCAUUUGCAACGCAGAACCAUUUCAAUAGACUGCGAUACCAUCUAUUGGACUGAUGUUCUCCAACUGGCCAGGAACCUGCCGGCUCAGUACGGCUCUUGCAUCUACUUCUCUGACAAUGGAGAUCGCCCAAUCUAUUCUUACAUUAAAACAAAAAACGAAGAUGGCCUGGAGAAAAUUAUCGACAUCCUAGAGAAGACAGCCAUCUCAACCAAAGCGAAUACUGGUGGUUAUGUGUUUCCCUCGGCACAUCAGCUCAAGUUUUGGGCAGCACAGUACCUAGACAAGCCAGAGUAUCUCAAUUCUGACCUUGCAGAGUAUUUCACUUCUAGGCUAGUUGGACUCAUGCUGGAGAACGGCAUCCCAUUUCUAGCAGUGCCCGUCAAUGAACAAGAUUUCAAUGUCGUGGGCACACCGGAGCAGUUGACGAGCUUUCUUGCCAGGGCCAAGUCUGGUAGUCUGCCUUCCAAAAUUCCCCGAAGGAAAAGCCGAUUCUGCUUCGAUCUGGACAUGACUCUGGUGGGAGCGCCUGUCAUAGCAGGCGACUACUCUACUUGUCCGCCAAUCGAGGCGAAUAUCAAGUUGGUCCAGCAACUUUAUCAUGCUGGACACCAUAUUAUUAUCCAAACCGCCCGCCGCAUGAGAACACACCACGGAAAUGUUGGUGCCGUUAUAGCGGAUAUCGGCACUACGACGUUCCAACAACUAGCAAAAUACAAGAUACCCUUUCACGAUAUCCACUUUGGCAAGCCCUAUGCAGAUGUAUACAUCGAUGACCUUGCUGUCAAUUCUAAUCUUGACACGAUUCAAGAAGUCGGAUGGUUGCUAGACGAUCCUGAUUCGUCUAGUCAGGAAGUUACCAAGGUUGGGAUGGUCGCAGCUCGGGAUUUUAAUACCAUUCAAAUUGUCAACAACCAGGUCAUCAAGUCAAGCAAACGCGACCACAUUUUAGGAGAACUGUUUUUCUACUCGCGUGUCCCAUUGGACAUGGCACGGUACUUUCCUAGCAUUUACAGUGCCGACUACAUCAAGGACACGUCAACAUAUGUAAUUCAAAUGGAAUAUUGCCCCGGCGUGACAUUUUCCCAUCUGCUAGCCGGUCGAUCCAUCACCAAGGGCCGCCUGCAUUUGUUUCUGACAACAUUGCACAAAAUCCACACAGCCACGUCUCCCUCGGUUGAGACGCUCGGUAUUUCUCCCGCGCUAAAAGAACAAUUUGAGAAAUAUCGCCUCGAGGACCCCAAUGCCAAGCCGGACAUCUAUGCCAACUAUAGCCAAAAGCUACGUCGAAGGUAUGAAGAGAAUGCGGACCGCUACGCCAGUCUAGGACUACUCGCCGGAGGCCUCUAUGGCCGCAUCAAAGAAUUCCUCGAUACGUACGAGGCGGAAAGAAUGGCGGUGCCAGCCGACGUCAUACACGGCGACCCGGUCUUUAGCAACGCCAUCCUCUCAGCCGACGGGAAUGCGGUCAAGUUUAUUGACGUCCGGUGCCGGCUCGGAAACGUCUUAACCACCGCUGGAGAUGUCAAUUACGAUCUUGCAAAAGUCCUCCAGUCGCUCUGUGGUUACGAUCACAUAGCUCUUCUCUGCGAAAGAAAUGUCAAAGACGUACAUGGAUUUGCGCACGAGAAUUCUCCGGUUACAACAGAAUCCGAUGAUGCACUGCUUAGGAGCUUGAGAAAACAAUUCUUCCAAUUUGUUCGGGAGACGUACCCAGGCAGCCCGCCUCCCAAAACUCUCUAUGGCCUGACUGCGGCUCUCUUUUUCAGUCUCAUUCCCCUUCACCGUGCUGAGCUAGGUCAGGUGUUUCUUAACAUGUGCAAGGAAACAUUGGACAGGGCCACUGACGGACCAGACUUUUAA